AUGUAUCAAAGUCUGGCUUUAUCCGCCAACCAGUCCCCUUACGCUCACGACUCCGGGAGUUACAUCCACCCUUCGGCCAGCUCUCCGGUCUACGUCCCCACCACCAGAGUCCCAGGCAUGCUGUCCACCCUGCCCUACCUGCAGACCUGCGACUCACCCCACCAGUCCCACGGGCUCGGGAGCCACCACGGCUGGCCCCAAACCGGAACGGACGGCUCUUCUUUCACACCCAGCAGCCCUCACCCUCCGCACGGCUUCUCCUAUUCGCACAGCCCGCCAGUCAGCAGCAACACCGGCCGGGAUGCGACCUACCAGAGCCCGCUGGUGCUCGGGAACGGAGCUCGGGCGGAUCAGUACGGAGGAGCUUUGAUGCGCUCGGUAGGGGGGUCCUAUUCCAGCCCAUACGCGUACAUGACCCCGGAGAUGGCCACCUCCUCCUGGACGCCGGGACCCUUCGAGAGCGGAGUGAUCAGUCUGCAGGGACGGCAAGGAGGUCUGUCUGGAAGAGGGUGCAGUCUGGAACUGAUGGAGGACUUUUCCGCAGAGGGCAGAGAGUGCGUCAACUGCGGCUCCAUCUCCACGCCGCUGUGGCGCAGGGACGGGACCGGACACUACCUGUGUAAUGCAUGCGGCCUCUACCACAAGAUGAACGGCAUCAACAGGCCGCUCAUCAAACCACAGAAACGCCUGCAAACCACAUCUCGCCGCGCCGGCCUGUGCUGCACUAACUGCCACACCAGCACCACCACACUGUGGAGACGCAAUGCAGAGGGAGAACCUGUCUGUAACGCCUGUGGUCUUUACAUGAAGCUGCACGGGGUGGCCAGACCUCUGGCUAUGAAGAAAGAGAGCAUUCAGACUAGGAAGCGCAAACCUAAGAUGCCCAAGAGUAAAACAUCCACAGGAGGAUCCACCACUUCUGGCGCCAGCUCCCCAACCUCCCUCUCAGUAUCAGAACACGCCUCUACCAUUAAGAGUGAACCCAACAUGGCCACUUCGCCCUAUGCUGGACAGACCGUUGCAUCUGCCACGCAGACGGCUUCUCAGUUAGACAGCACAGGAUCAGGACAUGUGGACAUUAAAUAUGAGGAUUAUCCUUUUACCCCGAACUCCAUGGCCCCACAGAACUCCUGGUGCGCUCUGUCUCAAGCGUGAGCAGCCACCAAAUGCUGCUU